UUUUGCAUAGAUUUGAUUCAAACACUGGCGGAAAGAAUGAAUUUCGAAUAUGAAUUGGUUUUGUCUCAAGAUGCAGAUACCAUGGGAUUAAAAACAAUUAAUGAAGGAAUUCUUCGAGAUGUUUUUACUGAGAAAAUUGACAUCGCAGUUGCGCCGUUAUCAAUGACAGCAGCCAAAGCAGAAAUAGUUGAUUUCGUCACUCCUUAUUUUGAAAAUUCAGGAUUAUCGAUCGUGAUACGAAGACCUAUCAGAAAAUCAUCAUUUUUCAAAUUCAUGACAGUUUUAAAUAUGGAAGUAUGGCUCAGUAUUGUAAAUACAAUCUUUAUAACAGCUUUAGCGAUUUGGUUAAUACAGAAAUACUCGCCGACUUGCAAGAGAUUGAGUCUAUACGAGGAAAAUAGAAGAGAGUUCACUUUCCGAGAAAGUAUUUGGUUCGCAAUUACAACAUUUACAAAUCAGGGAACGGGAGAAAUGCCAUUUUCACCACCGCAUAAAUUUCUAAUUGCAGCAUAUUGGAUAUUUGUAUUAGUGAUGAUGGCUACCUUCACAGCUAAUUUGGCCGCUUUUCUCACUGUAGAACGUUUGCAGGCUCCCAUCAGCUCAUUUUGGGAGCUCACUCACAACACAAGGAUCAAAUUUACGGUGGUGAAAAACUCUCACGCUCAUUCGUACUUCAAAAAUAUGAAAAUUGCCGAAGAAAUUUUGUUCAGCGUUUGGAAGGACUUGGCUUUGAAGCAAAGUAAAGAAAACGAGACUCAGUAUCGUAUAUGGGAUUAUCCAAUUAAAGAAGAGUACAGCCACGUGCUGAGGGCCAUCGAAUUGAAUAAUCCAGUGCCAAGUGCAUCUGUGGGUUUUCAAAAGGUUCUUGAUAGUGAAAAAGGUGAAUUUGCAUUGAUACAUGAUGCAUCCGAAAUACGAUAUAACGUGUACAACGACUGUCGGCUAAUUGAAGUUGGUGAUAUAUUUGGAGAAAGGCCGUUUUCUAUUGUUAUCAAAAAACAGAGCCAUCUCAAAAACGAAAUAAAAAAUAGAAUUUUAGAUUUACACGAAGAACGAUAUUUUGAAUGGUUAAGCACUAAAUAUUGGAACACAUCUAAAUUAUCUGCUUGUUCAAGUAACGACGGCGAUACUGAAGCGAUUACAUUGGAUAGUUUAGGUGGUGUUUUUGUUAUUUUAUUCUGUGGCAUACUAUUAUCGCUGAUUUCCUUGACUAUAGAAAUCAUACGAUUUAAAUUCUGGAUGAAGAAACAUAAAAAGCGAAAAUCAUCAAGAUUUUUAUUCUUCACUAAUCAUCCAAAUUAGAUGCAGAACCCAAAGUAUUCGAAAUUCGAUUUGUGCAUACUAUCUUAUCUUAAGUAGGUAAGUUUAUAGCCAUGCUAAAUCCUCCAGUUGUACAAAGGAGUAGGUGCUGCCAUUCUAAAUCAAGUGGGUGUUUUCUUUUUCUAGUUCAGAAACUACGUACCUAGUUUUUUUGUCCAGAGGAACGGUUAAUAAUUAAUAUACAUACAUAAUAUAAAAUAUGUACGAUGAAAUGAUACCUCAUUUUUCCUUUAUCUAAGCACAUUUGUAGAUAAAAAUCACAGAAUGUCAGCAAUUAUUAAUCAAUUGAUGUGAUGAAAAUAUAAAACUUCACUGGCGUUGUAAGUCGAUAAUUAAUUCUUCGUAAUAUGUAGUGAAGGGCAUUUUAGUCAAGUACUCGAGUCAUCAAUUUUUCAUGAAUGUCUGAUGAUAGAGACUAUUCCGCAUUUCUCGGACUGGAAAUAUGAAACAUAAUUUCUUAAAUAAAAAUGAUUUUAUUGGAACACUUUUGAAUUUUUAUUGAUGAUUUUUCUCAAAAAUUAAUUGUAUGGGAAUAAGCGAAUGAGUACGAAUGCAUGCCGAAUCUCAUUAUAACACCGGGAAAACUGGGGGAUACGAGGCACAGAUUCUUUCUAUGUCCAGGGUCAAUAAUUCAAAAUUUUCAGUAGAUAUUCCGAUUAAUCACGAAUGAGUACCGUU